UUUUAUAAUUCCCGCCAAUUCGCGCAGCCGCACGCUAUUGGUUGCCACAUACCCACACCUUCCAUUGGCCUAAUUUAAAAUCAAAACAAAGUUUCUCCAGCAAGAUCCAACUUCAAAAUUUAAAGUGUUGAAAACCGAAACAAUUUUCCAUGAAACGUAAUAACAUGUCUCAACAUGGUGCAACACUACAGACAUACAACCAAGAAUUAGUAAAAUGCCUGGAAGACUUAAGAACAAAAAGAAAGGAUUUAUUGCAAGUGGUCCAGCAGGAAGAACAGGAGAAAGCAACCAUUGAAAAAAACAUCGAAACUUUACAAGACAAACUUUCGGGCGUGUGUGACAAUCUGGAAAAACAUAAAACACUAUGUGAGAGUUAUGAUAGGACGAUACGCGAUACUGAAGCCGGAUUUAAAAAGCUUUCUAAAAUGAUGGCAGAGGAAAAGCACAAAGUACCGAAAACAUGUAAAGGAGCUGCAAAGGAAUCAAAGAGGCCAACAAUUCAGAAGGCAAAGUCUAAAAAGUAUGACUUAACUAUGCAGAAGCUUUGAACUACAACAUUACGUUAUUGGAAAAUAUUAAACAGAACAGAAACAGUACAGCUUGUAUAUUAAUUUUUUUCUAUAAUUUAAAAUAAAAAAACAUAGUAUAAUGCAGUAUUCGAUCGUGGUUCUGAAAAAUUUAACUGUUAUUGUGAGUUGAAGUGG